CGGGAGCUGAAUCAGGUUAAAAGAGCAGAAGAGAGGAGCGGUGCUUCGCAUGGAAGUGUGUAACAAAGCGUCACGGAGUGUCAGGGUUCAUGCCGCUUCACUAACACGCGGUUUUUGCUGAGAUUCAGCAGCUCCUCUGUUGUUAACUCCGCUGUGGAGCCUGUUUCCUGCCAGGCCUCUGAAAUCACCACAAGCUGCUCUUCAUCCACAGUUAUUGGAGCCAUGUUCGAGACCAGUAGUGAUGACUUGUUCCUGCCUUCCUGCCAAGAUGAGGAGCUGGUGGACAACCUGCUGUCCAGUGAGGAAUUGGAUGGAGAUGGUGGUGAAGGCCUUUCCUUGGCCAAGGCCCUCCUUCCCCUGGUAGAGUCCUCCUGUCCUCCCCUGAUCCCCUGGGUCUGCUCCACCCGCUACAAGACUGAACUCUGCACCAGCUACUCCACUACUGGCUUCUGCAAGUAUGCAGAACGCUGCCAGUUUGCCCAUGGCCUUCACGAACUCCACGUUCCCUUCCGUCACCCAAAGUAUAAGACGGAGUUGUGUCGUACCUACCACACCACCGGCUACUGCAACUACGGCAGCCGCUGCCUGUUCGUCCACAGCCCCACCGAGCAGCGGCCCGAGCAGCGCCCCCCCCUGCACCGUCGCAGGAACGUUCCCUGCCGCAAUUUCCGCUCCUUUGGCAUUUGCCCCUUCGGCACUCGCUGUAACUUCCUGCAUGUUGAGGGUGGAGAUGUCAGCAGUGGUCUGGAGUCUCCUGACAUUGGGGAGAAGACCCCAUCUGAUCUGAGCCCCCAACUUCAACUGCAGAACAAGGGGUGGAAGCCUCGAGGAGCUCUGUGUCGUACCUUCAGCUCCUUCGGUUUCUGUCUGUAUGGCACACGCUGUCGCUUCCAGCACGGUCUCCCCAGCAAGAUCAAAACCCCUGACUUGAGUCAAGGAGGAUCGUCCCCCUACCCAAAGUCAUCACUCGGCAGUUCAGGUUUACCUUCCCCCACCUCCACCUCCUCAAACUGUUCAACCUCCUCCUCUCCUCCAUCAACCUCCCCUCUCACCACCCCUCCUGUAGAGGCUACAGCCCACAAUGCCUUCACCUUCUCCAGCCAGCACCUGAGUGACCUGCUGCUGCCGCUGGCCCUCCACCUACAGAAGCUUGAGAGCAGCAAGGCACAGGAGAUCUGGGACAACCGGGCGGUCUGAUUGGAUGUGGUUGUAGUUGGAACCAGCAUCAGCACUGAACACCAAAGCUCAGUUAAACCCACUGGUGAAUUAUUAUUAUUAUUUUUUAUUAUUAUUAUUAUUUUUUUAAAAUCCCCUUAUUCCCAAGGAUAUUUUAUUUUCAUUGUCUUGAACUGUUAAGUUGCAGACCAGGAAGUUCUGGACUUCCUGGUACAGGUUCAGCUUUGAAUGUAAUGUUUUUAACUAGUGUACAUACUUUUUUUUUUUUUUUUUAAUAAAUGAACCUAGUAAAUGAAAUGUCUGACGUCAGCAUGAUGAAUAAACUAUUUUAGUCUCUAUCCCUAUUUCAGCUCUGU